GCUCGUCUUCACAUCUACCAGUCCCGCCACCGGACGCCUAGAUUCUAGAGAGAGAGAGAGGGAGUUUCAGAGGAGAGAGAGACUUGGGGUGUGGAGGAGCGUGGACUAACUAACAAUGGCGUUACAGACGAGUACCACCAGCAAUGUUCUGCUCCUGCAAUCCUCCCCGGUUCCGUGUCGGGUCGAUUCCAUCCGGAUCCAAACUCGAGUGGUCGGAGCUGGAAUCUGGGGUUGGAGGAGAACGGGAGGAGGAGGAAGGGUUUGUAUGAUCGCAUGCAAGAGUAGCAGCGGUGGCGAUGUGCCCAAUUCGAAUUAUGUGGUGCCUCUAGACAAAUCGUUUUCGUAUUCCAACUCGUCCCUCAUCACUCGCCCUCUCACUGAAAUCCUCAGAGAUCUCAACAAGCGAAUCCCUGAUAACAUCAUCCAUACGGCAGCUGAAGGUCCCUCCUCCACCUUCAUCCCCUGGUACCAUGCCAACCGGAUGUUGAGCUUCUACGCUGCUGGAUGGUGUGGAGAAGUCCGUGAUGUUAUAUUUUCUGACAAUGGAAGCGUGACUGUGGUAUACCGUGUCACUGUACGUGGAUCUGAUGGAGAGGCACACCGUGAAUCAAGUGGAACAGUAACACCCAGUGACGAUAUUGUCGAUCCAGUUGCUGCAGCUGAGCAACUUGCUUUCUGCAGAGCGUGUGCUCGGUUUGGCCUUGGCCUGUAUCUGUAUCAUGAAGAUUAGAUGCAAAGAGACGGGAGGGUUGAGCUGCUCAUCGUGUCAUCCUUUCGUUUGAUUCGCUAAGAAGUCGGAUUGCGCUAUGCCUAUAUAUCCGACGGAUGAGUUGUCAUAUAUACUGCAGAAUCGUAUUUACAGUAAAACCUUCCUAAAGUUAUACAGUUGGGAACAAACCAAUUUUAUAACCUAGGUUAUUACUUUAUAGAGUGGUAGUUAAAAGAUAUUGUUAUUGACUUAUUUACCCUUGAUGAAUUUUGUAUUUCCUAAA